GGAUAACUCAUGGUGGGCAGAUCCCUGCGGGAGAAAAAAAAAACUACCCGUUCUAUCCCAUUCUGCGACGCGACAACUCGCCUCUCUUCCCUUCAACACCUUUUGUCCCUCCCAUCACCACUUUUGUUUCUUCUUUAUUUGUGUCCAAUCUCUUACGGCUUAAUAAUAUCGGCCGUCUUCCGCCGCAAUGUUCAGAAACAGCCUCCGGCGAUGCGCCAACCAGGCCAGGGCCACUGCCACCGCCUCGUUGCUCUCACAGACCCGAACCACCCUGCCCAUUGCCAGGCGCCAGAUUGUGCCUGUCCUUUCUACUCUCUCUCCCCUGAACAGAAUCGCAUCUAUCUCGCGAGCAUACAGCAGCGAAGCCCCGGCAGCGCAAGAUGAGGCCCCAGUCGCCGCACCUAUCGAUGCGGUGCCCAAGUUCGCCGACUUGGAAGGUGUUCAUCCCAAUCUUAUCACCGCCAUCACCGAAGGCAUGAGCUACGACAACAUGACGCCCGUCCAAGCCAAGACCAUCACCCCUGCUCUCAAGGGAACCGAUAUUGUCGCCCAAGCCAAGACCGGUACCGGCAAGACCCUGGCCUUCCUUCUCCCUCUCCUACAGAGGAUGCUUGUCGAAGACCCUUCCCUCGCCCGCAGAGGCGCCAAGUACAACGCUCGCUCCAACGAUAUUCGUGGCAUUGUGCUUUCGCCUACCCGAGAACUUGCCGAGCAAAUUGCAGCCGAGGCCCGCCGUCUUGUCAAGCACACUGGUCUGGUGGUGCAGUGUGCCGUUGGUGGUACCGACAAGCGCUCCAUGCUGAACAGAACUCGACGAGAUGGCUGCCAUCUUCUUGUUGCCACCCCCGGUCGAUUGAAUGAUCUGCUUCAGGACACCCGAAGCGGCAUUGACGCACCGAACCUGGCCGCCCUUGUUCUGGACGAGGCCGAUCGAAUGCUUGAUGUUGGAUUCGAAAGGGAGUUGAACGAGAUCAUCAAGUGUCUCCCCACCACCACCGAGAAGGUUCGCCAGACCAUGCUCGUCUCGGCAACCAUCCCUGAUAACGUUAUUCGCCUGGCCCGCACAAUGGUUCGCCCUGAGGAUUUCGAGUUUGUCCAAACAAUUGCUGAGAACGACUCGCUCACUCACGACAAAGUCCCUCAGCGCAUUGCUCCUGUGACCAGCUGGUCCAAUGUCUUCCCCUCUUUGUUUGAGCUUGUCGACCGUGAGGUUGCCAAGGCCAACGAAGACCCCAACGGUCGACCUUUCAAGGCUAUUGUCUACUUCAACACUACCUCCUUGGUGGAGCUCGCAGGAGAAUUGGCUUACCAGCGUCAGCGCAAUGCGUCUGGUGAUUCUCGACCCGUUUCCUCCUACGUCCUACAGUCAAAGCUCACUCAGGGUCAGCGACAGAAGGCCGCUGAUGAGUUCCGUAGGGCAAAGGAAGGAAUUCUCAUGUCUUCUGACGUAACUGCUCGAGGCAUGGACUUCCCUGAUGUCACGCACGUCAUCCAGGUAGAUACCCCUAGAGACCGAGAGUCGUACAUUCACCGUCUGGGACGCACUGGACGACAAAACAAGGAGGGUGAGGGUUGGCUCAUCAUCCCCCAUGCCUCCGUUCCCAGUGCCCGAAAGAUGUUGAAGGGACUCCCCAUCAAGCAGGACGGCACCCUGGAGAGUGCCGAGAUUGACCUGGCAUCGGGUGAGUCGACUGCCGCUCACUCCGAGAUGAAGAGCCUCUUCGGAGUGAUGCCCCGCAGCUUGCUGGGCUCCACCUACACAUCCAUGUUUGGUACUGCCACCGACAAGAUUGCUGUGGCCGAGGACGUGAACGAAUGGACCGUUCACGGUUGGGGCUGGACUACCCCUCCCACCGUGUCACGCAGGUGGGUUACUCUCAUGGGAUUGUCUCGCGCCCCGGGCAUGAACAUCUCCGAUGAUGGUGGCCGUAGCCGCGACCGUGAUGGCGGUGACCGAAGAGGCGGUUAUGGUGACCGACGUGGAUCGGGUCGAUCUGACUCGAACCGAUCCGGUGGCGAUAUGUUCGAUUCCAUGGCGAGGAACGCCUUCCGGGACGACGGCGGCCGUGGUGGCCGUGGCGGCCGUGGCGACCGAGGUGGACGUGGUGGACGCGGCGGCCGUGACUACGGUAGCUCGAGUUUUUAAGAUGGUAGCGCAUUGGCAUGAUCCGGUUGCACGCCAGCUACGCAUACGCAUUUCAUGAAUUAUUGUUGGUUGUAGGGGUGGACUUUGUACUUAUACUGGGCGUGAUGUAUGGUAUAGGCGGGUGUAAGAUAGGACAAAAAGGUGUACGGCUUGUAAUUAGUUACUACGAGGGCAGCAUCAUAUCCAUGUGGCUCUAGUCCACAAAACUCUACUUAGAACAAUC